UUUAAAACCCAUGACAAACACACGCACCGAACUUUAAUCUUAGCUCGAAAGUGUUAUGCGUUCUCAACGACAAGGACGGAACUAGACGAAAUAUUUGUGCACGUUUAAAAUCGAGUUUAUCGAGAUUGCAGUUCAAGUUCGCAGAGGUCUUAUCUAUCUUCCGGUACUAUCAGCGACAAUAUUAUAACUCAACCUUGUCACUCUACACUGCAAAUUUAUGCGUAACAGCGAACCUCACGAGAAACCUUCAAAAAUGAAAUGGACUUGCGGUUUCCUAUCGAGAGAAAGAAGCGAGGAUUCCCUUGAUACCUUCGAGCCAGAGUAAGUCAGUGUUAAUGUGGUAUGCCUGUGGCUUUUAAGACUUAACGUGAUUUCACAAAAACACGAUAACGAAAUUAUAAACAGUCACUAUUGACAAAUUUCAAACUAGCCUGUAAACAAAACCAGAGUGUUCNGAUUCCCUUGAUACCUUCGAGCCAGAGUAAGUCAGUGUUAAUGUGGUAUGCCUGUGGCUUUUAAGACUUAACGUGAUUUCACAAAAACACGAUAACGAAAUUAUAAACAGUCACUAUUGACAAAUUUCAAACUAGCCUGUAAACAAAACCAGAGUGUUCUCCGGACACUGAGGUGACAGAGUUUUGACACUAUUACUAAUGAAUUAUAUCGUUGUUUCUUUUGUUUAGAACGGAAUAUGUAAAUCUGUGUAUUUGUUAAAUAAUGGUAUAAUUGAACAGCACCCGCUGUUUAAUUUUUGUUUCUGAUGUGGGUCCUCUGAAGUCGUUAUAUUAGUAUUUUGUACUUUCGUUUGGUUGAAGUGAUGUUUCAACUGAACUCGAAAGAAUAAUUUGCCGGUAUUUCAAACAGUGACACAAAAGUUGGAAAAAAAAGGGCAGGUUUUUUUAGUGGACCAUGCUCGAGUUGGGCAAGUUAUCACGAAACUUUUUGUCUAGUGUAUUUGAUAUAGUGUUUCUGGAUUUAAUGAUCAAUAACGGAGAAACAAACCAAUAUCACAAAAUUAGCAUAUAUUGAUUAUUCCAAUAGCCAAUCUUUAAACCACGUACGCCGACUAAUGUAAAGCAUAAACCAUUUCAUAUCCGACUUUUCUGGGACGAAAUUCGGGAAUUUCUAAGUACUGACAACAAAACUAACUCGAAAGUUAGAUUGAUCGUCUUGGCGAACUACGAAACUAACUCCGGUAUCGCAGAGAAAACCAAGGUACAAUACCGCCAAAGUAAAAGUAAUUAAGACCGGGCCGUCAAGUCAACCUCGCUUUUCAGUAUUUUUCGUUUUGCCCUACCACUGAUUUGUUACGUGUUUUUCUUUUGAACGGUUUUAGUAGUUUUAUCAAACGACUGCUAAGACAAUAUACUCUUCACUUUGAGAAAUGCUUCAUUGAAAAAUGUAUCGUAGCGUGACGAAAGUCAUCAAUACAUCCCGGGUGUUGAGCAAGUGUCAAGUUUCGAUUGAAAAAAAAAUUCCCUAUUCUUAAACCCUAAAUAUCAACGCGUGUAUUCUCCAUACCGAUAUCCAUACACUCUUGUGCUACUCACCGAGAAAAUUUCCCCCCAAAUCGGAGCGGCUAUGUUAUUCUCGUGACUUCAUCGCGGAGCUACGAGUGAAAAUUUAUAUUCUGCUCUUUAUAAGGGUUCUAGAGAUCAAAAGGGCAAGGGUUUGGAUUUCCGCCUUGUUGUGAGUAGUGUACUAUAACGGUAGCUCAUGAACGAUUAUCUCAACGGGCUUUUGAGAAAGAAUCACGUUGUGUAGUGUGAUACGUAAACAGCACCACAGGAGUAUUAUAUUUCACUUAAAGUUUUUUCACGUAUUCUCAAAAAGUAGCCUCCCGGCCAGAAAGCUUCAUAGUACUUUUUCCACCAGCAAAGUUAUCACUUUUAUUGUUAUUGAAGGAGGCUGAGCCCUCUCCCGAUCGCAAAAUGAUAAAACUUCUAACUUUUAAUAACUUGUUUCCGCCACUACGACAUGUUGUAAAAGACGAAAGGUUUCACGGUUUCCCGCCAAAAUGACGCUGGUUCGCGUGCGCACUGCGCGCGCACUUGUUCCCAGGGCUUUUCUCUUCAAGCCCUGAGGACGAAGUCGAUGAAACCUCUUCAGCAGUUCUUUACCCCGGGGGUUCCUUACACACAGUCUCCGGCAAAACCAAGAGAGAAUGAGCACAUUCUCUCUUGUCGAAACUUAACUGACAACACGUGACUAAUUUAAACGACACUAGGAAUCGUACCUCAGGGGAGUACUGCUCAAUAGGUUUCAUGCAUCAUAAUAGACUCCCAGAGAACCUUCCUGCCGCUAGAACCCUUUUAUUCAUGUAGUGGGCAAAUAAGAAAGAGGCAAAAGACUUAACAAAAUACAGAAUCAGAAAUCGUACCUCACAGAAGCACUGCUGCACAUGUUUGCUUUUAUCAGCCUUUCUUUGUGGAUUAUCACCUACAAAGUCUAAACUUUAUCUCUUAGCUUCUCUUAAGAAACCGUAACUCAGGACCGAAGUACGUACUGUUUUUUUUGGAACAUCAAAACAUUUAAAACAGACUUCACUGCCCGACGUCAGAAAUCACCUCAGAAAAUUACUAUUCCUAUCGUUUUCAUUUGAAUGGCAUCAAAUAAAUUUAGGCAGUGAUUUGAACAAUUUCCUUUACAUUCUCAAGUUAAGAACUGUCGUUCUUAUAUGGAAGAAAAACGGCGCCCAACAGGAAGGCAUUAAUUGCACUUGUACUUGUUUUUUUUUCUCUUUAUAAGAUAUUACCUCAUUAUAUGAAGAGGUUUUUAAAUUGACGCUUGCUGAGAGCCUUAAACGGCUCAAGCCUCGACUAUCAGACUUCAGUUUUAUUUGGUUCCCUGAUCCUUCUAUCAUAUCACUGAGCCUAAAUUACUUUUGAGGAUCUCAGUAAUGUUUUUUGCUCCGAUUGGAAAGCUUAAUUUUCUAUGCUAGUGAUAUGUUUUAGGCUCCUCAUGUACUUCGCUACUCAGGAUGUAUGAAAUCACAAAGGUGGGCUGCCCUCAUAACGUCUUUAACGUUGUUUUUUUCUUUUUUUCGUUUAUUCAAGUUUCAAUGUAUUUAGCGCGAAGGUUCUAAUUGAGAAUACUAUUUUUAUGUCUCCUACCUGGAGACUGGACUGCCAUUUCUAGUGGGCAUACGAACCACGUGAAGGAUUGGCCGUUUGUAAGGAAGCCUGUAUCGUCUUUCUUUAUAAUAUUGUUCCGGCCCCGGAGAUCUAAUCCCACGACCUCUCUCUCUGCAGGUCAGCAUUAUAUUCUACGGGCUUAGAAAACGCAAGAUUACUCAGCCGCAUUUUCUGCGAAUAAAACUUUCUUUUAGACAUAAUAAAUUUAGCAACACAGAAAAGUUCGUUACUUAUCAGUUUUCAUCUCAUUGAUCAAGAAUAUUUUGACGUCAGUCUCAUCAAGAAUAUCAUAAGGAAAAUUUGAUCAAUAACAAUUUUCUUUUUCGUUAAUUCACCAUGGUCAAAAGUCAAAAGUUAAAGCAAAUCACCAUAUCAACAUAUCAAUUGAUAUGAUUUUUUUUGGUAGAGAUAUGUAAUCAGUGGAAGUUAUUACAAUCACGGGCUGCUCAGAAAUGCACUGUUCAUGCACAACAGAAACAAGCAAAGCUGAUGUGACAAUUGGGAGUUAUACAAUUUUUUCUCUUUUACCAAUAUUUGAAAGGCUCAGCCUUUCUUUCUUCCUCAGUGUCUUACAGAUGAUUAGGUUAACUAACUAAGACUUUUAUGCAAUAGUUUUCCUACGGGACGUAAAAACUGAAAUGCGUUCGCAUUCCAGCGUUCACGUGACCUAAUCUGCAUACAGCGUUCUUCUCAAUGAAAACACGUACCCUGAUAAGAGAUUCGCUUCAACGGAGGGUUAGCGCUGAAAACAACGUGAAUCCGUCAACGGUGGCUAAUUUAGACCAGGCCAAGUGGCAUCUUUGAAUCAACGUAGUUCUCCAACGUCUUCUCCAACGCAGUCUUAAUUUUGAGACUUAGUUGCCUCAGUUGCCAUUGUACUCCUUAUAUUUUUGGAAAAUUAAAUUAGUGGCUAGAACUCUGACGUUUAAAACACCACCUAGGAUGUUUUCACAUCGCUGAUCCUAACAGUAUGCAGUACUUAUUAGCUAAUGGCUCAACUCUUCCAUCUGAUCAAUCACCGCGCCCAUGCGGCAUUCUGGGAUAUGUCCUACCGAGCCGAUUCAAUGCUCGUACCGCGAUAUGACUGGUGAACAGCCGGCGAACACUACAUCUCUCCCAAUAUUCUGACCGUUCAAUUCUCCCACAGCAAAACUUAGUUUCUCUCCUAUUGUUUGGCUUUCUUGAAGUAACGAGGGGCUUGAAAAAUGACAUAGCAAUUAUUGGAUUCGGCUUUCGUAUGAUAUGAAGAAUUAUGUAGAUCGAGGAGGAUAUAAUCGGCUCGUCGAGAAGGAUACCUUGUCCCCAGGGACUUCUCGUUUUGCUGUCCCUUUUCUGUCGAUAUUCUCUAAUACUGAUGACAUUUUACUGGAUAUCGAAAACGUCUUCCAAAUUUGGUCAACGUCGACCGGCUUUGAAGAAGUAGCCGGGGUUUGAGCCAAUCAGAAAAAGAAAAAUGUUUUGAAUGAAUAAUGAUACGAUGACUGAGGUUAAACUUAAAAUGGCUUCUACAUGUUGUUAAAUUUAAUUCCUUUAUUCCUUCAUCCAAAUUCCAUGGUAAGCCGAUAAACGUAAUCUCUUUUUAACACCCAACCGUACCUGACUGAGAGCCGAAAUCCAGCAGGGCGAAAAAUUAUAUCUCUUUUUGCAAAACAUCAGUAUAAUGACAUAAUGAUUUAGUAUCGUUUCGGUUAAUAUCCACCGUUAUCGGCUCAGUUAGCAGAUCUUAGCAGCCUGCAGUGUCUGCCAAAUAACUGUACACAUGCAGGCCAAGUCAAGACUCACUGAAAUGUUAAUUUGCACAGUAACGUAUAAAGAGGUUGGGAACACUGGAGAUACGUACUGCUCAAGAGCUUUACAGCUGUUUUUCAAUAGCGGUCGCUCCCACACCGUAAACAGCCUCUUCCGAUUUUAGUACCACUUGAGGACUCUUGAAGUAGUGAAACAUUCACAAAGCCGUCACUUCCCGAACUAAAUCCACAGAAACACUAAAAAUCAUCCAUCUAUUUAUUGCAUUAAACAAAGCCGUCCGCUGAAUAACUCGAUUGAUGCCAAAAUAGUCUGAAACUGACGGUCUACAAUUCAUUUUUCCCUGUGAACUGUAACAGUGAGGUGCACAUAUCGUGCAAAUGGGACUGAAGACAGACAGAUUAUACUAUUAUACUAUUGAAGUUAAGUCGGGAGAGAGUCCACUUAGGAUUACCUAUCCGUAAACUCUCUAUGUCCAUGGUAGUGAAUUAGUGCACAUUACGAUAAUUAUCAAGGUCACGGUCAGUGUGAUGCUGACUCGUCCCCAGUCGUCUCUUUUGUCUCCUAAUUAAAUGUUAACGAGGGAUGCGCGUGAAGGAUGCGCGAGGGGGGAGAUGGGAAGGAGGGAACAGGUUUUUCUUGCUAUCGUACCCUUCGCCGAGAUGCCGUAAUAGUCUCCAGCGACCGUUCUGUGACCUCUUAAAAAUUAUAAGAGACGACUGGGGACGAGUCAGAUUAUGACGCACCGCUGCCCACAGCCCCGGUAGAUAAUUGUUAUAAUUUUGCAAGAUACUGCAUGGGCUGCAUGGUUUUGGUUUAAGUCUACAAAUAGCAGCGUUAAGCACAAGCAUACAAAUACUUUUUACAAAAUUUAAAGAGUAACGCUCUAGUAACAGUAAUCAAAGAAUUGACCGUCAACGGCCUGAAAGGUUGUCGAGAUCGAGGGCUUGCAGUAUCGAGCGGCCAACUUGAUUUCGUAUGUACCAACGGGGCGCUUAUCUAUUGUUAUCUGUAUUUAAAAUCUCGCAUAUGCAACGUUCAUCUCGUACUCGUAUUUCUCUGUUUAGCCCUCCCCCACCCCGCCUUUCCCCUAGAUUGUUUGUGUUGCAAACCGAAAUAUCGCCGUAGGGAGUGACCUGCGAUCAGACGGCCCUUCUUCCCGAAAAUAAACUCACACCGAGUUCAACUCGACUUGUCUCAGGCCUUGCGCGUUAAAUAUAAUCCCGCAGGCUGAGUACUGUUUAAAAACCCAUGGCAAACACUAUACCUUUGGCAGACCAGGAAGCAAAAUAGCCGAGAACGUCUUCACAGAAUUUAGAACAACAACAACAACAAUGUAUUUAUUUAAAGAAAUAUAAAGUUUACAAUUUUAUGUCCUACAAAUAGCUAUAAUGCUAAUCUAGGCAGGACAAGACUUUAAAUAAAGACGUUAUUAAAUUACAUAAGAAAAAAGAAAAGAAAUAUAAAAACAUACAGAUAGAAACACCUUACAUAUAGAGGGGAUUUUGUUAUUUGAAAAGGACUAAAAUUACAAUUGGAGGUAUAUACAACAUAUCAGGUUAACUUCACAAAAUAUUCUAUAUAAUAUACUGUUACUCUGUCAAUCUUUUUAACAAAUGCUCCUUUUUUUAAAAAAAUACCAUAUUUAAUAGUCUAUGCAGGUGCAAGUUUGGUUGAUGAAAUAUUUUCGAUGUUUAAAGAACUAAAAAGAUUCUCCCAUAGUUUAUAACCAUGAAAGGAAAAUGGACUAUUAUCAAGGUCAAGAAUUGUGAAAUUCUGGUGAUAAAUAUAAUUAUCCUUUCUUGCCAGAUGAAAUACCGUGAACUGCCAGAGCCAUCAAUUUUGAUCUUAAUCCAAAUAAUCCAGAUAAUAGAGUGGCACGGUUAAAAAAAAGCAUUCUGCAGACGGAAUCCCGCGUUUCUGAACAAAUCAGUGAGCAAAAAAGAACUUCAAAAAAGAUCCGUUUAAAUGAGGAAUUCCAAAGACGUGCAUAAUACGUUAUUUUAGACUAAACAAAUUCAGAAAUAAAUUCUUUGUCUUCUGUUGAAGCUUAAAACGCUACCAUCACAAACCUCUAAUUGGCGGUGUCCGCUUGGCGCUCCUACAAAGGCCUUCCUUACAAACAAGCGAGACAGUCGACUGACUCUCUUUAACGCGUUAUAGUUGGGGCAAUCUCUAAGAGUUUUUCUCAAUGAGAAGAAAAGAAAACAAAUCGAAGAACGGCAGGGACAACUUCGAAGUCUCUUUUCUAGAAAGGUGUCCGUCUUCUAGAAAAGUCCACAUUUGUCCAACAGACCAGUCAGAGAAGAGAUAUUUCAGUUGCUCAUUGAUAGAUUCUCUGCAGUUUUACCUCGCUUAAAAUGUUCAAUAUUGUACUCGGAAGGGAAGAAGGAGUAAUUUGUUACGCGAACAGAAAUUUGGUAAGAAAACCAAACAAUGCUUAAUAAGACACGUGCCCAAGUUUGGGUAAACUGAUUUGGUUUUUGUCUUUUUUCUGAUUGGUUGACAAAGUAGCGCGAGAUAUUACAGCCAAUCACAAAGCGUUGCAAUACAAAGCCAGAGUAACCGCUCUUGUUAAAAAAAAAAUUAUUACCUGUACGGUUUAAGACUUUCAUCCCCGAUUCUGAUGAGCUGGGAAAUGACUGAGGUCUCGCUAACAACUGGUAUAUUCAUCUUUGCAAAUUUCGGCUGAUUAGAAAUUGGUGUGGUUUUAAGAACUUUUAAGAAAUAAUCUGCUUACCGCUUUUUUGCAAUAAUUUUUAAUUUUAUGGGACUUGCUUAAUCAUUCCAACUAAAUCUGUUUACUGCAAUAGAAAUUUGCAGCUGUCAUUGUGUGUCCUCAUUAAUUGCACCACCGGCUCAACUCUCGUUUAUGCUUCAUAGUGAAUAUCAACAUUGGCUCAAACUAACCAUUAAUUGCUUUGAUGUUUAAACAUUUUUCCUAAGCUAUACCGAGGCGUAAAAAUGUACGAAGACAGUAGAUAGAAUCGAGUUUACAUUGUGGUUUAAGGAAUAAAUCCUGGUUUUAUAAGGAUCACAUACGACGUAAAUGAAAUCACAAGUGUGAGUCGCGUGAACUUAAAAUACAAACAGCACAACAGAAAGCAUACUGAUAAAAUUGAAUUGUUUCAUCAGAGUUAACACACUGUCGAAACAUUUUCAGCAUUCGAGCUUUCGUGUUGCGAUAACCUUCGUAUUUAAAGAGGGCAAAUUAAAUCUACAUAAAUCUCUUUUUUCCCUUUCUUUAAGAGGAUUAAGGCUAAAGACUGUCAAAUUAAACAGAAUUAAAAGCCUAGAUCGACGACCUCAAUACCAUCCCAGAGCGUCACAAUGCAUUAGUUUUUGGUGGUAAAAUUUGUCAAUAUAAUAUAUUGCAUGUGAAUGCGAAACCAUUCACCCCUGGAAGGUACCCGAAACACGGCUCGAAUCUUUCGCAAUCCAUCAUUCAUUAGCAUUGUGUUUGGGAUUUCUUGGUGUCGGAAGCACGCCAUCAAGAAUGUUUCUCCUAGAAAUGUAAAUUAUUUCUCUAAACCGCAAGCCUGCCAUAUAAAACAAAGAUACUGGUUUGUUUUAUUUGAUUUCGUCAGCUGAUUACGAUUUUGUUAGUGGACCAAUAUUUCAUAUGAUUUUCGUCUUCUGUUUUGUCUUCUAUAACAGCCCAGCGAGACGCUUCAGAGUCGGCAGCAUGGAUACCACGAAAAACAACAGAUACAACCCAAAGUAAGUAAAAAUUCAUGAAAUGUUUUUUCAUUCAAAUGUUUUCCGUCCAUUCACCUCUGAUGGUAUAAGACUCAAGCAUUGUCAAAAUGCGGCAAAAUGCCAUUGUUUUUCGUAGUGACCGUAUCGAGAGAUCGGGCUCACUGCCGGAUCUCAUAACAUACGAUACCAAAUUAAAAAUGCAUCUUAAUAGCUGUUCCGCCGUUCUGUGAACCGAAUUCCACUUGCCUUACGUUUGACUUCGUCAUUUGAAAUAAAGCCCACUGACUAAAGGUUCUCGAGUCAUGGACAUUUUGUUUCCUACUGCUGAAACACUCUCCUAGUUACAUGUUUAAGUUAAGUGGGUCUUCUUUCAUCACUGAAAUAAUGUUUUUUAAAACCGGCGGAACCAUUUGUGGCAUGUUGUUUUAGGAUAACAUAUGGUUUUUCCAUGAGAUUAAUUCGCGGCAGCGUUUUUUCCUUGAAAUAAUCAUCAUCUGGUGUUAUAUUUAAAAAAGUAGGAAAGGGAAUAUCGUACCAAUGCUUUGUUAUGCCUUCCCGUAUAUAACCCACACCGGAAUUGUAGAAUCGUCGAAGCAAAAAUACUGAUAUAUUAACCUUAAUUAUUCACCAGCCAUUCAACUUGGCGAUUCACCUCUUCACACUUGCGUAGACUGUUUGUCCUGUUUGGUUAGCAUUACUUUAAGUUCUAGUCAGUGAAAUUAAACUAAGUUUGUUCACACCCAAAAGAAGUUGUGUUCGAUUUUGGAAACACUUUACGUUGAAGAAAUUUAAUCAAGCGUGAUGUUCAGUCUUGCAGUUCUAAUAUCAAGUCGUUUCGAUACAUUUUGGUUGUAACAAUCAGUGCGAGACCUUUAAUUUGUUUUCCACACGUCGCAGACAAAACUUUUGUCUCUGUUGAUACAAUAUCGUGUGUAAAUAUUGUCUAGCAGACAUAAAGGUGACAUUUAUGGAAGAAAAAAACAACCCUUCUGGGACGUCUAGGAAGUAUUGUCCUGAUCAACUUCUUAACUCUUAUAACUGACAAAAAAGAAAACAUAUCACGAACUUUCGAAAGAAUUGCUCCGUUUGGAAUUGACUGGUUUAAAUUGUGCUUACUUGCACUGCUUUGCUUAAUCACAGAAACAGUGCACGGUCGUCGUUGGGUUACCAUAACAGAUGCCUACAACCCUUUUUUUUCACGAAGCAAGUUUCAAUUUUUGAGUUAAGAAGAGAUCGUGUCUAGCAAUUUAAGCUGAUCUGACAUUCUGAUAAAUUUUUCUUUUCAUAUUUCUUGCUGGGAUUAUUUUUUUAAAAUUAAUUUUAACAUUUCCUGACAUAUAUUUAUCCAUUUCCCUUUUUCACUGCAACACGAGCCAUCUUCUAAGACGUCUUCUAUUGUCGGCACCAAUAUACACAUUUCUCGCGGCCAUAAUGCCGAAAUGGGGAUCUUUUAUUUAAUAUUGGAAAGAUGACCAGUUUAAAAAGCAGUCUGUCUCCUUUUCACCCAGAUAUGACUCUUGAUUUGUAUAAUGUGGCUGACUAUGUGGAGGCAAUGUGCUCAAGUGUGCCUUUUCAAACGGAAGCUUUUGACCACCAUGUCUCUGAUUGCAGAUCAUUUGUUUUCUGUACGACUGACUCGCCCCCAGGCGUCUCUCUUUGCUCUUGCAUUGUCACGCGCGGUAUCUUGGGAAGGAUGCAGCUUCAUGCACUCUCUUUUUUUCGCGCUAAAGCAGUGUUUCCAGCCUUCAUGGUAAUAUCACAAAAUUAUAACUAUGCAAACGAAAAUCCUUCUCAAAUCAAAAUUGUUCUUUUUUUCCAAAAAGGUUCGGCUUGAUUACCAACCGCUGUUCGGGAAACGAGCCCGCGCUCCUCCGCCGAAAAAGUCUCGGGGCGGACCCGAGAGUGCGGCGGAAAUCGAACCUACAAAAAGGUUUUUCCCCCUUUGAAAUGUGAUGACAUAAGUCUCUAACCCUCCGUACGUUAUUUGUACUCUGUAAUCUAUGCCGUUAUCACUAUGUAAUGUCUUCUUUAUUUCAGACCAAGCAGAGAGGAAGUGCAGGAGUGGGGAAUAAGCUUUGAAAAACUACUUCGAAGCAAAAGUAAGAAUCUCACCUAGUGUGAAAGGAUAACUAAGGCGUACGGAGGUGUAUGCGAAAUAAAAGAGAUUCAGAAUCCCGUUUACGGCCAUCGGCAAAUGCCAGAUUCAAGUUGACGAUGUUUUUGUCACAAAAUAGGAAAUGAACAGAUUUUAACUGUGCAAACUAAUUUUUAUCUGUGAAACAGGCGUGAAACGAUAUGUUUUUGGUAGACAUAAUGAACCGAGUAAACCGCGGCGACAGCUGAAGGGGAAUCUUGGUCACGUGGUAGAAAUUGACGUUUGCCGUAAUCUUGAUUCUUAACCUCUUUAUUUAUAGGGAGAGGGCGACGACGACAGCAAGAGCAACGCCUAAAACACAAUUCUAAUUUCUUCACCGUCCCUGCUAAACUACAACGUGAAAAGACCAAAUUUUAAGUUUACUUCAUUCAUAUUCCCUGAACCUUAUGUGGCUCUUUUUUAACCCGCGAGCAGGCUCACGUGUGCGAGAGCGGGGAAAAUUUUGUCGUCGGAGCAGCAGGCUAGCUCUUUCUGUAAGCAAUUCUCCCUUGGGCCACCAGGAAAAGCCAAAGUGGAGAACAAAAGUCUUAACACGAUAGAGUUAUAUUGACUCCCUCCCUCCCCCCCUUCGUCCUUAAGCAGUGUUGUAUUUUGUGCGCCCUUCACACUUUAUCCUGUCCUGAAGUGUUCGUUAUUCACAACAUUGUUUGGAGGGGCGGGAGGGGAGGGCCAUUAGUGGCCUCCAAACUAUUGCAAAAGUGGAUCUCAUGCUACAGUUGGAUAUUUGAUAUUUGUUUCUACUGUUGAAGGAAGGUUUUCAAUAAUUGUUCCAACGAUUUUUUACUUCCAUUGCAGUUUUACCGUGCAAACGUGCACGGGAUACAGGCAAAGACUUACAAAUUAAGAUUUCCUGAAGAAAUAGGCUCGAAAGAGUUUUAGUCGUAUUUUUCGCAUUUUUGUUUGAGUUCUGUUGGAUGACUUGAGCUCUGCUUUUUGUUUUCCUUUGUCUAGCCGGUGUAAUGAUUUUCCACGACUUUCUCAAGUCCCAGUACUCUGAGGAGAACUUGUUAUUUUGGUUAGCGGUGGAGAAACUCAAAAAGGAAACAGAUCAGGUAGCAGUCAAGGAACUUGCGCAGUCGAUUUACAGAGACUAUCUUUCAGCCGAGUCUCCAAAAGAGGUAAGCAACAACACGUGCAUCAUAUUCGUGAGAGAAUUAUUGUCAAAUUCAGAGCGCAUUUUUUUCGGAGUACGCGAAAACGGUUUUGCCUCAGAUCAUAUAAAUUCUUCGCCACCGAAAAAAGGGAAAUCCAAAUAAGGAUCUUUUUGCAAUGGCAACAUCACGUCCUCGGGCUCCUCGUUAGUGACGUCAAAAACACGGUUCCGUUAGAAGGUCAUGCACUAACGGUACCUGUUGUGCACCAUUUCUAAAUGAAAAAAAUCGUCAAAGAUACUUUAUUUCAAUUCUCUCCUAGCCUGCGUAGCUGGCUGAACUGUCUUUGCGUUUGACUGCUGCCGAGAGAAGCGAGCGCCCAAGGGGCGACAUGCCUCCCCAUUCUCCGCACUCCUUCUGCCAAAACUUCGCUCGCGCUAACCAACCCGCCGGCUAAUCCUCUCCAAAAAAGGCGGUAGAUCUCAAAAUCCGGCUUUGUGUUUUAUCAGUUGAAUCGCCUUAGUGUGUGGAUGUUGUGGAUUCAUGAUCGGUUUUGGGAUUUUUCCUGAUUUUUUUUUUAUUCAGACAUCCGGAUUUGGAUCUGCCGUUACUACCCGGAAAAAAAUGAAGAAACGCACCCUUUGAAAAACCGUGAGCACCCGGAAUAUUUCAGGAAUGUUUAUGGUGUUAUGUACCAUGUAUCAAUAUUAUGUAGCAAAGAUUAGGACACGCGAGCAAGCCACAAAACUACGAACUAACUUCCGUCGUUACUUGUGGUUUAGUUUUUUGACUCUUGAUUGGUUUUUCUCUUGUCGAUGACUUAAAAUAAUAUUGCAGAUAUAUUUCAGAGGGUUCAUGGUUUUCUCCGCUUUACAGCAAGUAAUAAAAAGAAGUGUGGCCAAGUGUGAAUCCUGAAGUAUUUAAAGCGUAGAUGUUGGCGACGAUCUGUAAAAUCUGUUCCUUUGGUUCCAAUUGCCCACAGUACUCCAAUAUGGGUUAUAAAUCGCAAAGUUAUUGUGGAGCCGGGGGAUUAAAAUAAACUAAAAGCAAGACUUAUUUAAAAUGAUCCGUUUCUUUGGGAUGAUCAGGAUGAGGAUUUAUGAUUGGAGAAGACUCGAAUCACGAUGCAUCAAUUAAGGAUCAUUAAGAAACCGAUGAACCCUCGUCCAGAUGGGGUUUAUAAUUAGCGGUUCCCUUUGAUCCACCAUGAUCUGAGUGAUCUUGGAUCAUUAAUCCUGAUCCGGAUCAUCCCAAAGGAACGCUUCGCUUUGAACCGACUGUGCAGUGUGAUUCUAAUUUUGUGAAACUUGCAAAGCCGGAAAUGAAAACUGGAGAGUGCAGGAAAAUGAUCAGAAUUUUACAAUGGUGCUGGGUUAUACCGUAGAGGGAAAGAUUAGGCUGAUUUAGCAACAGAACGGGAACGUCAGUUGACGACGGCGCGCGCAAAUCAAACAACUGGCUUGACCAAUCGCAGAGCGGCAAAUUGGGCACCGGAAGUAGCGUUUAGUCUUUUCUGCGCGCUUUCCUGUCGUCAACUGACGUUCUCUUCCUGUUGCUAAAUCAGCCUAACGGCUCAAGAAGAGAUCAUUUAGGCCAGGUCUACACCAUACCGGAUAUCUUUUCUUCGUGUGGUCACGAAAGGAUAUUCGGUGUAGUGUGAACAACAACGGCCCGGUAAUGGAUCAAGUCGUUCACACAUCUCGGUUAGAGGGUUCGGUGUACUAAACCCCAGUCCUCACUCCUGAAAAUUUACUUCCGUCUCAGUGGGUUCCAGUCCUCGCCCCUACUAAUCCACUUCCGCUACUAUCCGAAUACCUGUUCACUCUGCAAAGUGUGGCACAGAACCUAUCUGAUAUUUGCGCUUGUAUUUCAGGUCAGCAUAGACCACAAGACGCGUCAGACGAUUGAAGAAGUCAUGGAGGAACCAGAUCAGACGGUCUAUGACCAUGCGCAACGUCACGUCUAUUACGUCAUGUACCAGGACUGUUACCCAAGAUUCUUAGUGUCAAAUGUAUUCAAGGCACUUUUGAUGAGUAGCGACUGAUGACGUGUUUCAACACAACCACUCAAUUUGCUCUUACAGUAUAUGAAUAGACCAUUUUAUAGUUGUAAAUGGAAACGAAGCUCGAGUUGACCUUGUUUUGACACAACCCUUCUUGCUUUCUUAUGUAAAUCAUGUUGUUCUUAUGCUAACUAGUAUUUUUCAGCAUAAUUUCCAUAAGAAAACAAAGGAUGUUUGCAUUAGCCUGCGUAGCAGGCGUCCAAAGGGGUAGGGGGUACGCAGGCUAGUUUGCAUUAACACAAGGUCAACCUUAGCCUCACUUUGACACGAAGCCUAGGGUACUAAGCCCAUAACAGUAAAAUGGUCUAUUUCAAAGGUCCCAACCACACAACAAGAA